CCGGAGAAAGUGGUCCGUCAAAAAAUGCGUAAAUACCAGCAUUAUGUUAUCUAUAAUUUAAAUGAAGUGUAUUGAAAUGAGAUAAAUAAGUUUAUUGAAUUGGUGUUAUUAAUAAUAACUUGAUGGGGUACGAGCAGUAUGGUAUUUCAGCGGGUUAACUAGAAGUCGACAAAAAUGGAGUGGAUACGCAGUGGGUACAACAUGUUAAAUAAGCAGCCGCGGGCUUUGAUGGGCAGCACAAUGGAAGAAUGCGACCCCCAAGCUUGCUACGACAGUUUCAAAGAACACUGGCAUCAAGCUUUAAAGAUCAUCAAUCGGACCCAGCAAUUGCCUAAAAAUGAUGAUGUUCUGGGGGUUGUCAACCAUUUGGAGCAGAUGGUGACGCUUCUGUUGUACGAUAUGAAGAAAAUUGACCAGCUCAGAGUUCCAAUUUCGUCAUCUUCUCAGUGUCUGGAAUACAUGCUUGCUGAAAAUAUCCUUGACAAGUUGUUUGAAUGGGGCGUCCGUGCUGGAAAAUUUAAGGACGCUGUAAGGUGCGAACAGUUGAAGUUGUAUGAAGUUUUGAUCAGUAGAUCCAGACACGUCCUUUUAGUCCAUGAACCGUUUCUUAGGCCAAUGUUGAAACUACUCAACUCCUGUAAAGAUGAAUUGUUUUCCAGAGACAUAGAAAAACUUCUUGUCGACUUACUAAAUCAAUUGUGCGCUCUCUUAAUGCAAAAUGUUGAUUUAAUUGAUUUAUUUUUCCAGAAGAAUGAAAAUAAUUCAAGGUUUAUAAUUUUCUUGCUGUUAAUACCGUUUGUGCAUCGCGAGGAUUCAAUAGGGAUGAGGGCUAGAGACGGUUUGUUGCUCUGCAUGUCGCUGUCAAAGAAAAAUAAAGACGUCGCUACUUACAUAGUAGAGCGGUCAAAUUUUGCAGUGUUAGCUGCCAGCGGUUUAAACGGUUUAUAUUCUUUGUUACCAAAUAUUCUGGACGAUAUAUCAGUACCUGAUUGGCGUCGCUUAACUCCCGAUGACGUAAACGACAUUAAGGGUUUAUCAACAUUUGUAACAUCGUUGGAGUUUAGCAAUGCUGUAGCACAAGUCGCACAUCCCAUGAUUAGAAAACAACUACAAGAAUUUUUAUUUCGCGGUUUUUUGAUACCCGUCUUAGGUCCUGCGCUUUUACAAACUAAUACUGACGAGCAAGUAGCCGCUACCGCUUAUUUAGAAUUAAUUUUACGCACAGUAACGCAACCGGGUCUUUUAUAUGCUUUAUUAAAAUUUCUGAUAAAUAUGGAUUACGAUGGACAAAGACUCUUGAACAUAUUAAUACAACGAAUUAAUUCCGCAUCUGAGUUGUGCCUAGUUUCUUUGUCGUUAUUUGAAACCAUGGUUAACUUAAAUUGUGAGGAUAUGAUGCUUGAGUUGGUUUUCCAACAUUUGCAACCGUGUCUGCACUUGAUGUUGUCUCAAAGAAGAAUGUUGUUGCCAUUAGACCCCCAUUGUCAGAGUUUUGAAAAAUUGUUAAAUCUAGCACCGACUUGUUGUGAUUUACCAACAUCACCUCGAACUGAUAACAUACAUUGGAAUCACUAUGGGGGACAACAAAGCCUCUGCGGAAAAUACCACGCGUAUUUGUACGACGCCAGGAAUAAAAUUGCAAGCUGUCAAGCGGCGUGUCAGUCUUGGAAUAAUUCUUAUACGGGUUGUGAUGAAAUUCUUCAAGAUCCAAGCAAUACAGAAGAAAAUUGUAAUAGUUUAUCUUCUUUGGGCGAAAGUAGUGGUUACGAAAGUUUGAAAAUAAAAAUUGACGACUCGGAUGAAAUCCCAGUUUGGCAAAUAUCGUCGAAUAAAGUUAAAAAGAGCACUCCUGUGGUCAUAGAUAACGAUCAUUUGAACAGUUCUGGAAGUGCGGGACUUUUCUUGACUAUUCUCCUUGAAAAACUGAAAAAUUUUCUUUCAAAUUCGUUUUAUAUCAAUUUGCAUGUGACUGGUUUAAUCUCAAGGUUGGCGGUGUACCCCCAACCCCUCUUGCGGACUUAUCUAUUAGACGACAGCUUGGUGUUGCAACCGAACGUGCCAUCAUUAUUUCAAAUUAUUGGUUCUUUGAAACAAAGCAUUGAUGAGUAUAUGAAUAGGCGUUCUGAUAGCGCAAGUCUGAUAAGGGCAGCGAAAGACUUUCUUGUCGAUAGAGAAACGAGACUAAUAAAUGCGCGGCGUAACACUUUAGAAAAAUCAUCUUCGUUUAAUAUGGAACCGGAACCGUUCCAACGGAACGAACCGAAACGCCGGAGCCUGAAUUUGCCAUCGUUUACGAAAAUGUUAGGUCGAAGACCGAGUCAAGUCGCCGAAAACAGCGUUGCGAUGGUUCCCACUGAAGAAUACAGUUGUAAUUUACUCUAUCCGAAAUUUAACGAAGCACAACAUGUUGCAUUAUGCGCUGUUUUGCUGGACGAAUGGGUCAAAGAACUGGCCGCUCUUGCUCAAGAACACACAAUCGCCCAACUUGCCGCCCUUUUUAAAUAGUCAUUUUAUUGUUGCAAUGUUUUUAACAAUCGAUUUCAUAAAUCAUUAGCGACCGAUAGCAAUUUUUUAACAAUGGGUUCGCUGUAUUCGCUAAAAAUUGUUUUUGUGUUAGUGUGGCUUUUUAGUGAUAUAUGGCGAACUUCAUCAUUCAGUUAGAGAACAUAUCGUUCAGGCGCCCAUAAUUUGUUAUUGAAAACCUACUUGUUAUGAUGUGUUUAAGUAAUUUUUUAAAAAAUGUCUGUGAUCUCUAUUUAAAAAUAAGAAAAUUUUAUACAAACACGUUAAUAAUGUUACUACAACCUCAUCGUCAAUUUUGCUGUGCAUUUUUCAUUGAAACCUAUGUAUAUUUUAUUUAUUUUAACUUUGUAGCAUACAGGUCUACAUUUGAUAUUUUAACCUAUUUUAAGUUGAAUACCCUGUCUGAUAAAAUUAAAUGAAAUUAAAAAGUAUGAACAAAAAAUAUUGCAAUUCAAUUUUUCCUCACGCAAAUGCAACCGUCUUUAAUUUUGCAGCACGAGCAAAAAGUAAAAAACAGAAUUUUGUAAUUGUAAUGUCUUAAACUGAGGUAUUUCGUUAAAAUAUCAGUGUGCCCUACGUGCUACUUGAUUUUAUAUGUAAUAUAAUACUUCAAAGAUGUGGCAAGGGAGAGUUGUAUGUUUUUAAAUAAACUGUAUUACUAGUUA